UAAAUUGUUCUACAAUUGUGUUUAAUCCUACAGUUAGUGCAGCGCCUUUAAUUUAAAAAACUAAGUUACUUCCCAUGAUGCAAAUGUUGAUGAAUUGUAUUUUCACUUUCACAUUCAUUGAUUCGAAUGCUCAGCUUAGCCAUAACCGGAUUCAUUUUUUGAAGACAACGAGGAUUUUAACUGAAAAGCAUAGUUUUGUUCCCAAGUAGUACUGGGCAGCCAUGACUCGCUUUGUUCUGCUUGUGAAUCUCAUAGUUCUGCCUGUUCACCUUUGGGCUGCAGUCACUCAAGAGCACACUUCAUUCCCCACAUCAGUCAAUGGAGAACCAUUCCCAUGGAACUUAAUGAGACUUCCAGACACAGUAUCUCCCCUUCAUUACCAUCUCCUUAUCCACCCCAACCUUACAAGUUUAGACUUUACUGGAUGGGUGCAGAUCCAAAUUGAGGUCCAUGAGAACACCAGGACUAUCAUACUGCACAGCAAGGAUCUUCAUAUCUCCAAUGCAAGGUUGCUAGAUUCAGACAAAGGUCAGCUACAGGCCCUGAAGGUGCUAGAGUACCCGUACUUCCAGCAGGUUGCGCUUAUAUCUGAUAAUGCACUGCUGAAGAGGGGCCAUGUAUAUUCAGUUGAACUGGAGUUUGCCGCCAACCUCUCUGAAAGCUUUCAUGGAUUUUACAAAAGCACGUACCGCAGCAGCAAAGGAGACGUCAGGGUUGUGGCUUCCACACAGUUUGAGCCGACUAGUGCCCGGGCAGCCUUUCCCUGUUUUGAUGAACCUGACUUCAAAGCAAACUUUUCCAUAUGGAUUCGCAGAGAAGCAAAGCAUAUUGCCCUCUCAAACAUGCCUAAGCUGAGAACAUUAGAGCUGCCAGACGGCCUGUUUGAGGACCAGUUUGAUGUGAGUGUAAAGAUGAGCACAUACCUGGUGGCCUUCAUUGUCUCUGACUUUCUGUCUAUCAGCAAGACGAGUCUGCAUGGAGUCCAGAUUUCAGUGUAUGCUGUGCCAGAGAAGAUCGACCAGGCAGAGUUUGCUCUGGACGCUGCAGUGAAGCUGCUCGACUUUUAUGAUGACUACUUUGACAUUCCGUACCCUCUACCCAAACAGGAUCUUGCUGCUAUCCCAGACUUCCAGUCUGGAGCGAUGGAGAAUUGGGGUCUGACCACCUACCGGGAAUCAGGCCUUCUUUUUGACCCCCACAAGUCUUCUGCUUCUGACAAGCUGGGAAUCACGAUGAUCAUCGCUCAUGAACUGGCCCAUCAGUACUGGGCAGCCAUGACUCGCUUUGUUCUGCUUGUGAAUCUCAUAGUUCUGCCUGUUCACCUUUGGGCUGCAGUCACUCAAGAGCACACUUCAUUCCCCACAUCAGUCAAUGGAGAACCAUUCCCAUGGAACUUAAUGAGACUUCCAGACACAGUAUCUCCCCUUCAUUACCAUCUCCUUAUCCACCCCAACCUUACAAGUUUAGACUUUACUGGAUGGGUGCAGAUCCAAAUUGAGGUCCAUGAGAACACCAGGACUAUCAUACUGCACAGCAAGGAUCUUCAUAUCUCCAAUGCAAGGUUGCUAGAUUCAGACAAAGGUCAGCUACAGGCCCUGAAGGUGCUAGAGUACCCGUACUUCCAGCAGGUUGCGCUUAUAUCUGAUAAUGCACUGCUGAAGAGGGGCCAUGUAUAUUCAGUUGAACUGGAGUUUGCCGCCAACCUCUCUGAAAGCUUUCAUGGAUUUUACAAAAGCACGUACCGCAGCAGCAAAGGAGACGUCAGGGUUGUGGCUUCCACACAGUUUGAGCCGACUAGUGCCCGGGCAGCCUUUCCCUGUUUUGAUGAACCUGACUUCAAAGCAAACUUUUCCAUAUGGAUUCGCAGAGAAGCAAAGCAUAUUGCCCUCUCAAACAUGCCUAAGCUGAGAACAUUAGAGCUGCCAGACGGCCUGUUUGAGGACCAGUUUGAUGUGAGUGUAAAGAUGAGCACAUACCUGGUGGCCUUCAUUGUCUCUGACUUUCUGUCUAUCAGCAAGACGAGUCUGCAUGGAGUCCAGAUUUCAGUGUAUGCUGUGCCAGAGAAGAUCGACCAGGCAGAGUUUGCUCUGGACGCUGCAGUGAAGCUGCUCGACUUUUAUGAUGACUACUUUGACAUUCCGUACCCUCUACCCAAACAGGAUCUUGCUGCUAUCCCAGACUUCCAGUCUGGAGCGAUGGAGAAUUGGGGUCUGACCACCUACCGGGAAUCAGGCCUUCUUUUUGACCCCCACAAGUCUUCUGCUUCUGACAAGCUGGGAAUCACGAUGAUCAUCGCUCAUGAACUGGCCCAUCAGUGGUUUGGUAACCUAGUGACCAUGCAGUGGUGGAAUGAUCUGUGGCUGAAUGAAGGUUUUGCCAAGUUCAUGGAGUUUGUGUCUGUUAACAUCACCAAUCCUGAACUGCAAGUUGAGGAUUAUUUCUUGGGGAAGUGUUUCGAGGCCAUGGAGGUAGACUCCUUAAGCUCCUCUCACCCAGUGUCCACACCGGUGGAGAACCCUGCUCAGAUACAGGAAAUGUUUGAUGAUGUUUCCUAUGACAAGGGGGCUUGUAUUCUGAACAUGCUGAGAGAGUUUCUGACCCCAGAUGCCUUCAAAUUGGGCAUUGUGAGAUACCUAAAACGCUAUAGUUACCAGAAUACGGUCAAUAGUAACCUGUGGGAAAGUCUGACCAAUGUGUGUGAAUCUGAUGGUCUGGAUGAGGGCAGACUGAAGGGUGAUGAGUCUUGCCGGCGCUCAGUCUCACACUCUGGAGCUUCUAAAUGGCACUCUGAGGAUGAGCUGGAUGUUAAGGCUAUGAUGGAGACAUGGACAUUGCAGGAGGGCUUUCCACUCAUUACGGUGGAGGUCAGAGGUCGCGAAGUCAGACUAAGUCAAGAGCGUUACCUCAAGAGUGAUGACCCCUCACAAACAUCUAGCUUUCUGUGGCACGUUCCAUUGACUUACAUUACCAGCGGCUCAACCACAGUGCACCGCUUCCUGCUUAAGACCAAAACAGACGUGCUGUAUCUGCCAGAGGAGGUGGACUGGAUCAAGUUUAAUGUGGACAUGAGUGGAUAUUACAUUGUGCACUAUGAGGGUUCUGGCUGGGAUGACCUCAUCACGCUGCUCAAACACAAUCACACGGCGCUCAGCAGCAAUGACCGGGCCAGCCUCAUCAACAACGCCUUCCAGCUGGUCAGUGUUGGGAAGCUUCCCCUGGAUAAGGCUUUAGACCUGACCCUGUAUCUAAGCAAAGAGACUGAGAUUAUGCCAGUGACACAGGGCUUCAGUGAGCUUGUGCCUCUGUACAAACUGAUGGAGAAGAGAGACAUGGUGGAGCUGGAGAAUCAGAUGAAGGGGUACAUACUGCAGCUGUUCAGGAAGCUCAUAGACCAGCAGUCGUGGACUGAUGAUGGCUCUGUGUCUCAGAGGAUGCUGCGCAGCUACCUCCUCCUGUUUGGCUGUGUGCGGGGUCAUCCUCCCUGUGUCAGCACCGCUACACACCUCUUCAACCAGUGGAGGGACUCAGAUGGCAAUAUGAGUCUUCCCAAUGACGUGACUAUGGCUGUGUUUUCUGUUGGCGCCCGAACUGAGGAUGGCUGGAAGUUCCUGUUUGAGAAGUACAAGGAGUCUAUGUAUGUCUCGAUGAAGAACAGGAUAAAGAUGGCCCUCACGACCAGCCCUCUCGAUCACAAGCUAAAAUGGAUGAUGGAGCAGAGUCUGGUGGGAGAGGUGAUGAAGACUCAGGAUCUUCCAUAUGUUGUGACUUCAGUCAGUAAAAAUCCUAAGGCCUACAAACACGCAUGGGACUUUUUAAAAGCUAACUGGGACGCUCUAAUAAAGAAGUUUGAUCUUGGCUCACACUCUAUAGCGCACAUGGUAGUAGGAGUGACCAACCAGUAUUCCACCAGAGAAAUGCUAGCUGAGGUUCGUAGUUUCUUCAGUUCCUUGCGGACUGAGACUGGAGCAGAACUGAGAUGUAUUCAGCAAGCCUUGGAGAACAUUGAAGAGAACAUUCGCUGGAUGGACAAUAACCGCCCCCUACUGAAGGCCUGGCUGCGCAGACACUAUGACCAGCACAAAAAUACAGAGCUGUGAAGCACUUGUACUGUAAAAGUCAUGGCUGUAUACAUUUUAUUUUGCAAUUUAAAAUGAUGCAAGAAUGUUGAUAAGAACAUUGAUGUGCUAAAGUGUGUGAAAUAACUGGUUCUGAGUUUGUGAAUAUGAGAUGAAUAUUUUUGAAUAGCUGUACCAUUUCUUAUAAAGGUAUGAUUUAA